AUGGUGGUAUCUGCUGACCCUUUGUCUGGCAAGAGGGCAGAGACGAACAUCCUAGAAAUCAACCAGGAAUUGCGCUCCCAGCUGGCAGAGAGCAAUCAGCAGUUCCGAGACCUCAAAGAGAAAUUCCUUAUAACUCAAGCUACUGCCUACUCCCUGGCCAACCAGCUGAAGAAAUACAAGUGUGAAGAGUACAAAGACAUCAUAGACUCUGUGCUGAAGGAUGAACUGCAGUUUGUGGAGAAGCUGGCAGAGAAGCUCAGACAAGCUGAGCAGCUCGGGGAAUAUAAAGCCCUGGUUCACUCUCAGGCACGAGAGCUGACCCAGUUACGGGAGAAGUUACAGGAAGGGAGAGAUGCCUCCCGUUCACUGAAUCAGCAUUUCAAGGCCCUCCUCGCUCCUGAUGACCUUGAUAAGUCCCAGGGUCAGGACUUCCGAGAGCAGCUGGCUGAGGGGUACAGGCUGGCAGAGCGCCUUCUCCAGAAGCUCAGCCCAGAAACUGAUGAAGGUGAGGAUGAAGAUGAGAAAGAUGAGGAGGUUGAGAAAGUAGAAGAAUCAUCUGCCCCCAGGGACGUGCAGAUGGCUGAAGAAAAGGAAGUCCCUCAGGACUCACUGGAGGAAUGUGCUGUCACUUAUUCAAAUAGUCACGACCCAUCUGACUCCAGCCAGCCUCACAGGAGCACCAAAAUCACAUCUGAGGAAGACAAAGUCGACUCUGCUCUGGUUGUAGAGAAUGAACCCUCUCAUGAUGAAGGGGAAGAAGCUCUAAACAUUCUCCCAGAAAAUCAGAAUGAUCAUGAGGAAGAGGAGGGGAAAGCGCCAGUGCUCCCCAGGAACCGACAAUCAGUUGAGCCAGGUGAACUGACCAAACUCAGGGAUUUCCUGAUCUCACCCGUGGUCUCCCAUUUGGUUAAUCCAGAACACCACGAUAUAUCCAACUCUUACCUGCAUCAUGAAGUCACUUUCUUGGCACUGGAUGAAGAGAAAGUUGGCUCCGCUCAAGGUGUUGCCAGGGAUUACUCCAAUUCCAAAUGGGAUGAAACUCCACUUGGCUUCCUAGAAAAGCAAAAUAAUCUCGAAGAGGUGAAAGGAAAAGAAACUGUUGAUCCCAGGCUCAGCAGGGGACCGCUGAGGGGGGACAAGCGUGAAGAACCCCAGGAGUCACUGGAUGGAUGUUACUUGACUCCUUCCAUUCUUCCUGAACUACCUCACUCCUACCGCCCUUAUGGGCGCACUUCGUACUGUUUUGAAGACAAGCAAGUCAGCUUGGCUCUUGUAGACAAAAUAGAAAAGGAUCAAGAGGAGGUAGAAGAUCAAGACCCACCGUGCCCCAGGUUGAUCCAGGAGCUGCCAGAGGUGGAGGAGCAGGAAAUCCCAGAGGACUCCGUGGAUGAAGUUUACUUGACUCCUUUAGUUCACCAUGACCUGUCUGACUGCCACCAGCCUUAUAGCAGCACCUUGUCCUCAUUGGAGGAUCAACUUGUCUGCUCUGCUCUGGAUAUAGCCUCUCCCACCAAGACGGCCUGUCCCCAAGGGACUUGGAGUGGAGACUUGAGCCACCACCUGUCAGAGGUGCAGUCUUCACAGGCACAGCUGGAGCCAAGCACCCUGGUGCCCAAAUGUCUGCAACUACAGCUAGAUCAAGGGAAUGGCUUGGCCAGGCAGGGCCUUUCCUCUACCACUUGCAGCUUCUCAGCCAAUGCUGAUUCUGGGAAACAAUGGCCCUUCCAAGAGCUGGUUUUAGAGCCCUCCCUGGGGAUGAAGAACCCUCCCCAGCUGGAAGAUGAUGCACUUAAAGGCUCAGCAGACAACACACAAGGGCAUCAAGUCAUUGGCCAGAUUCAUGCCUCCAGUGUCCUGAAACCAAAGAUCAUCAAAAGAAAAUUCUCAUUCAGCAAGUGGAGACUGGCAUGCAGAUUCCCUGGCCUACAAGCUUAG